UUUCAAUGAAUUAUUGAACCCAGGAGAGAGUGCUGUGGGAGGGAUCGUUGUGUUUGAAGGAAGGACCUGCAGACAAAAAAAAACCAGACAUUUUUUUCUUUCUGAAUUUUGAGCAAGCAGUUUGCCUUUGGGUGCAUUGAGGCAGGAAAAGUGAGUGCCCAUCAGAACCCCCUUCCAGGACUGGAAGUUAAAGGGAGCUGGUGAGUAGACAGCCUGGUAUGCUUGCCUUGGGUGACCAUCUGGUCCACUCAAGUGGAGGAAGUGCAGCAAUGAAGAGAUGGGCUUGAGUUUGGAUGGGGAAUAGGAAUGAGAGCGAGAGAGUGCUGGCUGAUCAUGAGUGCAGGGAGUUGUGUGGCUCCUGAGCUUAUGGGUGGUGCCUAUUGACCUAGCCCAUGGGAGCUAGGGAUGAGGAAGAGAAAGAAGGGGCUGGCCAGUCUGAAGUGCUGGGAGGUGUGCAUGAACUCCCAAGCCUACAGCUGGAUCCAUUGUGACGUACCUUGGAUUGCUAAGGUUGACAGUUCGAGUCCACUAGCUGCUCCUUGAAAACCCUGUGGGUCUGUUCUACUCUGUCCUGUAGGGUCGCUAUGAAUCUGAAUCCACUUGAAGGCAACAGGUUUGGGUUUUUUGCUGGUUUUCUAUUUAGAAGGUAAUUUAGAAAGUAAUUGGGUUGAACUGCGAUGAACAGAUUUGAAAACUUCCCAAAAAGUAGCUUAAUUUUAAAAGCUCUGUAUAUGGGUCUGAUAAAGAGGGGGCAAGAAGUCAGUGUGUUUUAGCCAUGGAGCUUUAGGAGUUGAAGCAGUCAUCAUUAAGAUAUUUAGGGAGGAGACGAGCAUCAAACUAAACAUUCUGAUGAUGCCAGUUGGCAUCGUUCAGCUAAUUAGCAUCCAAUGCUGUGGUAACAGGUAUUAAAGGUCACAAAUGUACCCAGUUUGUCCAGCAGUAGAGUUGCUGAAGAACUGUAGGAGAAACUCACUUUUUCAUAACUUGUCAUUGCAUUAGUCUUUUUGGGCCAUCACCUGUACUUCACAGAACACAAAAUAGUAGUAUGAUUUAAUCAAGAGAUGUGUGUUCCCACUUUAAAAACAAAAUUUAUUCAUAUUAACAGGGACAUUAAACAUCUUCUGUAAAAACGGUACGUCUUAAGUGGGAGCAAGUGUGCCAUCUGGUGGCCAGAUAGAGAGCUUUAUGGUUGCACAGCUGUUGGUCACUUCUUUCUUCUUCUUUCUGCCUGCUUAUAACUGAGUUAUUAUGUAGUAAGUGCCUCUAACCCUUGCUUUGCUACUGUGUUGUGUGCACCCUUUAUUUCUGUGAAAAAUGGCUCCUAAAAAGCAGUGAAGUGGUCAGAGCGAAUCCCUCCAAAGCCACACGUGAGGGGGUUGAGGAGAGCAAGAGGAAGGAGUUAAAGGAGUCAGGGAUGGCUGGCUAGCUCUCCAAAGUGCUACAACCUCAGCAACUUCAAGAUCACGGGCGAAUCGGCAUCGCCUGAGGCCCAGGCAGCGUCAGCGUUCCCAGAAGAGCUCCAGAAACUCAUAGAAGACGAAGGCUACCUUCCAGAGCAGCUCUUCAGUUGGGAUGAAACAACCAUUUCCAUGGUGUUUACAUUGUGUUAGUGAUCACAUGGAAAAUGUGUAUGGCUAUUUAAUGAAGUACACCAACCUUGUCACUGGGUGGCAGUACAGGUUUUUUGUUUUAAACAAUGAAGCUGGACUCCUGGAGUACUUCGUGAAUGAACAAUCUAGAAAUCAAAAACCCAGAGGUACUUUGCAGCUUGCGGGAGCUGUAAUAUCACCCAGCGAUGAGGACUCCCACACCUUCACUGUUAAUGCUGCCAGUGGGGAGCAGUAUAAACUCAGAGCCACAGAUGCUAAGGAGCGACAGCAUUGGGUUAGCAGGCUUCAGAUAUGUACACAACAUCACACUGAAGCUAUUGGGAAGAAUAAUCCUCCUCUGAAGUCACGGAGCUUCUCACUUGCUUCUAGUGGUAAUUCUCCCAUAUCCCAGAGGAGACCAAGUCAGAAUGCCAUUUCUUUUUUUAAUGUCGGACAUUGCAAGCUGCAUCCGGUGAGCAAAAGAGCCCACUUACCUCCAGACCAUCUUGUGGAAGUCAGAGAAAUGAUGUCUCAUGCCGAAGGACAACAGAGAGACUUAAUUAGAAGAAUUGAAUGCCUUCCUGCUUCUGGCCAUCUUAGUUCCUUGGACCAGGAUCUCCUGAUGCUCAAAGCAACGUCCAUGGCAACUAUGAACUGCCUCAAUGACUGCUUUCACAUUCUCCAGUUGCAGCAUGCAUCACAUCAGAAGGGCUCACUGCCUCCAGGGACGACAAUCGAGUGGUUAGAACCAAAGAUACCUUUAUCAAACCACUAUAAAAAUGGAGCCGACCAGCCCUUUGCUGCGGAGCAGAGUAAGCCAUUGGCAGUCCCGGAAGAGCAGCCUGUUGCAGGAUCUGGACUAUUAGCACGGGAACCUGAAGAAAUAAAUGCAGAUGAAGAGGUGGAGGACACAUGGGAUAACAAGGAGGCCGACCUGGGAGCUGUGGAAGAGCAGCGCAGUGUUAUUCUGCAUCUCCUGUCACAGCUCAAGCUGGGCAUGGAUUUAACAAGAGUGGUGCUGCCCACAUUUAUCCUCGAGAAGCGUUCCUUACUGGAAAUGUAUGCAGACUUUAUGUCUCAUCCAGACCUAUUUAUUGCCGUCGCCAAUGGAGCCACAGCUGAGGACAGAAUGAUUCGCUUUGUUGAGUACUACCUUACCUCAUUUCAUGAAGGCCGUAAAGGAGCCAUUGCCAAGAAACCAUACAAUCCGAUCAUUGGAGAAACGUUUCACUGUUCCUGGAGGCUGCCGAAAAGCGAGGUCGCAUCCGGUGUCAUUAGCAGCUCUUCCACCCAGGCGAUCACGACUCAGGCCCCUGUGUCAGAGGAGCCUUUGAGCCAGGUGGGCUCAGACUGUUACACAGUCAGGUUUGUUGCCGAGCAGGUGUCCCAUCAUCCUCCGGUCUCGGGAUUUUAUGCAGAAUGUGCAGAGCGGAAGAUGUGUGUAAACGCGCAUGUCUGGACUAAGAGCAAAUUCUUAGGCAUGUCGAUAGGCGUGACGAUGGUUGGAGAAGGUAUCCUCAGUCUGUUGGAACAUGGAGAAGAGUAUACAUUCUCUCUGCCUUGUGCAUACGCCCGGUCAAUUUUAACUGUUCCUUGGGUAGAACUGGGUGGCAAAGUCAGUGUCAACUGUGCAAAGACUGGGUAUUCAGCCAGCAUCACUUUUCAUACUAAGCCAUUUUAUGGUGGCAAACUGCACCGGGUAACAGCAGAAGUAAAGCAGAACAGCACCAACACGGUGGUAUGCAGAGUGCAAGGGGAAUGGAAUAGUGUCCUUGAGUUCACUUACAGCAAUGGAGACACAAAGUAUGUGGACUUGACUAAACUGACAGUGACGAAGAAAAGAGUAAGACCUCUGGAGAAGCAGGAUCCCUUCGAAUCCAGACGAUUAUGGAAAAAUGUGACCGACUCUCUGAGGGAAUCUGAAAUUGAUAAGGCCACAGAGCAUAAACGUACCCUGGAAGAACGUCAGAGGACUGAAGAAAGGCAUCGAACUGAAACAGGCACACCCUGGAAGACCAAGUAUUUUAUCAAAGAAGGAGAUGGCUGGGUUUAUCACAAACCCCUUUGGAAAACAAUGUCAGCGACACAACCAGCGGAGUGACAUACGCUGUGUAAGAUUCGCCUGAACGAGGUUCUUCUCCGUUUACCCUUCACCCUCCCAGAAUGGAGUCAUUGCACUGAGUGACCUGCUUCCUGGUUGCACAGACUGAAACUAGCUAAAAACGAACGUACCUACUAGGCCCCUGCAGGACUGCAGCGAGACCAAAGUGUGGAGAAACACAGUGGACCUCUCACCAGCUUGUUUCAUGUGAUGUGAGCAAUAUCACCUGAAAACCUUUUACCUGAGAUACUAGAUGAUUAACCUUUUCUCCAGUUCCUGCUCCUAAGGCACAGUUUGAAUCCCGUUUUUGCACAGGGGCGCCAGAUACACUCAACAGUGAGAACUCAGUGGUUCUUGUUUCUUUAAAAAGUGAAUUCUCUGUCAGCGUUUGUGCUUUGCCCUCUGUCAGUAACUGAAGUGUUCACUACCCUUAUGAACAGACUAAGGAGGAGGAAGAUGCCCCAGAAGUGGAUUCAGCCAUUGUGCCUGCGAUCAGUGUUAAAAAAACAACCAGGUUGUAGUAACAAGGCAUUCUCUUCCUUCAGAAAGAUGGUGUGCCUGUGUCCAAGAAACUUACCCAUGAUCCACCUCUGCUGGAACGCUUUUAGAAAGUCUAUUUAUAAAUCAAUUAGAAUUCUAACCAUGGAGAAUUUUUUUCUUCUGAACAUUUUAAUAUACUUGAAAACAACAUUGACUUGAAAAAUUUCAGAACAUUUUUCAAUAUCUAGUUUUAUUAAAUAUUACACUUGAGAGACAAUUUUUUUAAAUGUGUUCAUGUCAGUGUGAUGAGAUUUCGGUCUUUCUCAAGAACUAAGGCGUUAAAGAAAAUAGCAAACAUUAAAAAGUAAAGCUGUUACUUUUCUCCUUACCUUUUUUUUUUCACUUGUAGGUUAAUAUCCAGUAUUAUAUGCUAUCCCCCUGGAUAAGUAUGCUUUAUCUUACCUCUGUUCAGUGGAAAUUUCAAACAGCUCUUACAUAUUUGUCAGUAAUUCAGAAGUUACAUAUGUGACUGAGAGCAUGUAAGGUAUGGUUUUAUUUUCUUUUCAAGGUAACUUGAAAGCUGAAGAAAGUAUGAAAUAAAAUGAUACCAGGAAAUUAUAUUCAGGUACAAAUCUUUUUUUUUUAAAUAGUAUUUUAUCGAGGUUGAAGAAUUGCUGGCAAUUAAAAGAAUAGUGCUAAUUAUGGCUUUCAUCAUUCAUUUGAGUAUUUAUCGAGCACCCGCUUACAGUGCUCAGCAUUUGUUACUACGAGCUACCUUAAUUUUCGAGAGUGGUGCCUUACUCUGUCCUUCUGAUGUGGUCUCCAGUCAGUGCGUGGAACACACACCUGGUGUUCACCAGCCACUGUAGGGGCCUCUGUCUGUUGCGUCAUUGUAAGCUUAAGCUUUGUGCUCUGACAAAUUGUGUUUUCUUAAAGAGUUUCAUAGAAUGAAAACAGCAAAACAAGUUUUUUCAACAAAUUGUAAAUUAUAAGAAGAAUUGGUUUAUGCACAACCAUUUUAAUGAUCCUCUUGUUCGUUUUUGCUGUGAAAUGCACUGAAAAAUCUCAAAAAUGAGUCAUACAUAGUUCAUUGUGUUGGGAAAAUUGAAAAAUAAUAAAACUAGAGAACAGUGAUGCCUUUGUCUGUUUUGUGAAUGGUGGGAAAUAGAAAGAUUAUAUUUAGUAGAGUCCUUGCCAUGUUUGUUUGGGAGGGACAUUGAUUUUUUCUUUUUAUCUUCAGGAAUCUCCAGCUUAGGAAAUAAAUCUUAAUAAGAGUUUUUAAAAAUUAAAAUGGUUCUGCAUGUUUUUCUGUCUCUUAAUCAUACUUAAAUAUACAGGAGAUAGAGCAAGAAUGUAAAAUGAAACCAGAGAUAUUGUUGUUUGUUUGUUUGAACUGUUUGAGUGCUCAUUUAUUUCUUUUCAUUGUUGAGCCAUUUUAAGAAUUACUGAAAUAUGGUUUUAAUAUUCUUAUGAAAAACAAAUACAUUUAUGAGUAAUUGAAUCUGGGGCCCUGGUGGCACACUGGUUAAGAGCUCAGCUGCUAACCAAAAGGUCAGUAGUUUGAAUCUACCAGCUGCUCCUUGGAAACCCAUAGUGACAAUACAGGACACAGUAGAACUGCCUCACAGGAUUUCCAAUUGCCAGACGCCACCUGCCGACCUUUUGGUUAGCAGCCAAAUGCUUAACCACUGUGCCAGUAUCUACAUAUUGAUUCACUAAACUCUGUGUCAUACUUCCUCUAAUAUCAAAUAGUCACCAAAAUUAUAGUAAUAUUGAACCCUUUAUAACUCUAGCACUUAUGCUUUACUUUCUCUAUAAAUAUAUGGUACUUGAUAAGCCAGUUUAUACAGAUGAAUUCUUAGAAGAAUUUAUCAAUUAUAUAAGCCUGAAAUUUCGUUGAAUAUAUUUAUUAAGGUGAGGGCUAAUUUCUGUUUGAUGUGUUCCACCAAAGAAAGGCAAAUUGGUGUGAGUACUCCAGGAUCUAUACUUUGGAGGGACCCUUUACAGCUACUACAGUGACUAGAAGCUAAGCAGUGAUUUACCAGGCAUAAUAGGAAAGGGUUUUUUUUGUUUUUUAAUAGGAAAGGGAGGAGAAGAUUCUACCAGAUAGGGUUAAUAAAGACAA